AUGAGCUUCAGCACGGGUGGUGCCAUGUGGUCGCGCAAGGAUCAACCCCUCGAGAGCGACCACACCGCUGCGCCCCAUCACGGUCGACCGUUCGAUAGCCGUCGGUCGCCGCGACCCGAGGGACGGGGGCGAGGCCGAGGGGACGCGUCGACCACUGACUCUCCGAAGCAGCAGCAGGCGCCGACCACCGAACAGCGCGAAGGAACGACAGACGCCGACAGCAAGGCGACGACGGAGCAGCAGCAGCCAGCGACACGACCAGAGGAAACGCCGGCGAAGGAGCUUGUCGCUUCCGCCGAAGCCACCACCACCAAGACGGAGAAGGAGGCCCCCAGCAGGAAGAAGCCGCAGCAGAAGUCGGAGCGUCAGCAGCAGCAUACCAGGCUGGAGGACAUGCCCAUCGGCGCCGGCGUCGUGGUCAUCACCGAGCAGCCCGGCAUCGAGCACGGCGGCGACGGCGACUUCAUCGCCGUCCGCUCCCACAACAACAAGAAGAAGGCGGCGGGCGGCAAGCCUGAGCCCGAGCCCGUCGAGGCCCCGGCCACGAGGGACGUCCCUAAGGGCGCCAAGCCGGCUGCCGCCUUCCGCGGCGACUCCAGGGCCACCAAGUCCUCGGAUGCGAUCGCGACCGUCACCGUGGGCGGCCGCCGCCGCCAGGAGGGCAAGUUCCGCGGCGAUCGCGCCGAGUCAUCCGACGCCAUCGCCGUGGGCGCCAGGGGCGCACGAUCCCAGUCGCGCGACCGACGUCGCGAGGACUCGGGUGCCGCCAAGGGCACUGGCAAGGCCUCGGGCCGGAAGCACCAGGAGCAGCCGGCCCGCGCAGCCGCGACCCCGCCCGUCCCCGAUGCGGAGAAGGUGGUGCCGAAGGCCCCGCCGGCUGCGCCCGUGUGGUCGACCCCCACCAAGCCGAUCGUCUCCUUCGCCCAGAUCCAGGCCGAGGAGCAGGAGAAGCAGACCACGCACCCGACCACUACGGCGCCUGAAGCCGCCGCUACUGCCGCCGCGCCGGUGGUCGAGGAGAAGCCGAAGAAGACCCGAAGCCGCGAGCGCAAGGACAAGAAGCCCGCCCGCGAGCGCACCGGCGGCAAGCCCGCCGCCGUCGCAGCCGCUGUCGCCACCAGCGAGGCUCCCGCACCUCAGCCCACAGCGGAGCAGUCUGCUGGCCCUGCGGCUGCGGCUGCCGCGCCCGUGGCGGCGACCCAGCUCACGAGCUUGCCCGCGCCCGCGCCCGUCGCCGACGGCCCAACAACGGCCACGCCGGCCGCGGCCAGCCCUACGGCGGUUACGGUCGCUAGCGCUGCGGUGCCGGAGACUCCGCUAACCGCCCUUCCGCAGAGGACAAACCAGCGGAAGCGCGGCGAGCGGCCUUCUCAGCAGCUCUACCAGCGCAAGACCCCCACCGCGGUGUCAUCAUCGCCAUCGCCCGUCCGCAGCGCCACCACUGCCGAGAAGGACGGAGGAGGCCAGCAGGCGACACCCUCCGCCCCUGCGCCGGUCACCGCCGCCACCACCGCGAUCGAACGGCCGCAGCCGCAGCCCACGCCGGCUUUGAGCCCCGUGCUGGCUAUCAGGCCGGUCGCGGCCACGUCCCCGCCGCCGGCCGCGGCCCCUCAGCACCACCAGCAGCCGCUUCAUCACGAGUCGACCCCCACCCGGCCCACACAGCCGUUCUACCGGCCACCGCCGGCUGGCGGCCGCGGCGGCUUCGGUGGCGUCGGCCCAGCGGCCGGCGGCGUCGUGCGCGGGCCCUUCCAGUCGCCCGUGGUUCACAAGCAGCACCAGCACCCGCGGGUGGCCCAGCCCGCGCCCGGCGUGGCGGCUGCGCUGCAGCCGCAGCCGGUCAUGCUCUCGUUCGGGUCGUUCCCGGCCACGCCCGCCGUGCCGACGCCGGUGGGCGCGGGUCCCAUCAUCCCGCCCGCGAUCCUGCCCCUCGACUUUGCCCCGUUGCAGCCGCCCGCCGCCCGCCCGCAGCCCCCACAAUCGACCGCGCCGCAGCCGACUCCGCCGACCACGUCGACCACCACCAGCUCCAGUUCUUCGUCCGCGGCCACCAGCGGCAACGGGGUGUACACGACGACCCCCGUUCACCGCGGCUAUGGUGCUCAGCACUAUGCGCGCGGCCACGUGUCGGGGGUGCCGAAGCCGGCGAUGUCGCCCACGGUGGGACCUCACACCGCCUACCCGGCGGCGCGCGCCUACCAGCACCACGCCCCGGGGUACGGCCACCACGACUCGUCGGGCCGGGGCCGGGCCAGCAGCAACCGAUCGGACUACCACGCGCGACCGUCGCCGCCCUCUACUGCGGGCGCCGCGACUCCCCAGACCUCCACUGCGUCGCCGGUCUCGCCGGUGACGACCACGACGCCCUCUUCGCCGGCGCCGGCGAUGUCGCUGCCCGCUGACGUCAGCAACGGAGGUGGUGGCGGUCGAGGCCGGAGCAGCAGUAACAGCCCGAGCACCAAGCGUGGGCGGCCCGCGUCAGCCUACGGGUCGCCGCUGAACGGACACCGCCCCGCCGCCGGCAGCAGCAGUAGCCCGCAACAGCAGCCGCAGUACCAACAGCAGCAGCACGUGCCUUCGCCAUCGAUGGGUGGUAGAGGAAGAGGAGGUCGCGGGCGGGGAGGCAAGUUCGGCUCCUCUUCGCCUGCGCUCGGCUCUCCGUCGCUCUCCUCGCCUGCCACGCUCCCAACGGUCUCUCCGUCGCCAUCGUCGGCGUCGGCAUCGCCAGCCACGGCUCGCGCUCCUUCUUCUACUGCUGCCGCCUCGUCGUCACCCGCGUCUGUGUCGGCGCAGCAUCACCACCACCCGCCGCAGAGGAAGCAGCAGGUUUGGCGAAAGGCCCAGCGAGAACACGGCGAGACAACGGCGACGACAUCAGGCGCGCCCGUAACGCCAUCAUCCACCGUAACGAAAGCCGAGUGA